UAUAUUUGGUCUUACAAACAUACCAUAAAAGACGAACUUGAACAUAAUUUCUUCAAAGCAGCUCAGUAUAUUUUAACAAGUUAUAGCGAUAAAUGUAACAGAUCAAUACAACUGAGAACACCUAGUGAAAGAACGUUCUGGGUUGACCAAAUUGCUUCAAUAUUUCAAACGUUAGGUGAUCAAACAGGUCUCAUUGGAUUUGAAUGGUGUGAAACCUUAUCGCAAAACUGCGUUGAUGAUAGUAUCAAUGUUGAUUUAUGGAUAAAAACGUCCAGAAGAUUUCUGGAUGGUUUAGGCUUUGAUAAAUGUCAUAAUGAAAUUCUAUCAAUGGAGGCAUCUAGCGGAUUAGAGAAAGAAGAUAUGGAGCAUACAAUGGAAGAUACGCUUAAAAAUUUAAAUUCAACCAUAGCUUUCAUCAACGGGAUUGGUCGAAAACAUCUUGAUGCAAGCUUUUCGACGUUUAAAAAGUUACAA